GAAUGACAUAGUAGUAGUGCAAUUUGCUGCUGCUGCGAAAGGUGUCCGUUUCAAACUUUUCGAUUAUGUCUUCGGUACUUGUGCCUGAAAUUCCUCCUCCAGGGUUUUCUUUCGAUCUCUGUCAGAGAAACAAUUUCCUGAUAAAGAAAGGAUUUCAAGCACCUAGGGCUGUUAAAACAGGAACAACAAUUGUCGGGGUUGUUUAUAAAGAUGGAGUGGUUCUUGGUGCCGAUACGAGAGCGACAGAAGAUACAAUUGUCGCAGACAAAAAUUGCAGGAAGAUACACUAUCUCUCCGAAUAUAUAUAUUGUUGCGGUGCAGGGACUGCUGCUGACACAGAAAUGACAACGCAGAUGAUAUCCAGUCAAUUGGAAUUACAUCGUUUAAAUACUAACCGUUUGGUACCAGUAUGUACAGCGAACGCUAUGAUCAAGCAAUUACUCUUUCGUUAUCAAGGCAACAUUGGUGCAGCUUUAAUAUUGGGAGGUGUCGAUUUGGACGGACCACAUUUGUACUGCAUUUAUCCUCAUGGAUCUUCGGAUAAACACAUGUAUACGACCAUGGGAUCUGGAUCUUUAGCUGCAAUGGCUGUAUUCGAAACUGGAUGGAAGCCUGAUAUGGAGGAAGAGCAGGCUAAAGAGUUGGUGGCAGACGCUAUUCGCGCUGGUAUAUUUAACGAUUUGGGUUCUGGAUCUAAUGUAGAUCUAUGCGUAAUACGCAAGGGUUCGGUCGAUUAUAUCCGCUCUUACGAUGUUGCGAACGUUAAAGGAGAGCGUAAUAUAUCUUACCGAUACAAACGUGGUACCACUGCUGUGCUUAAUAAAACGGUACAUCCUAUAAUCAUUGAAGGAGAAACUGUACGUCGAAUUGAGGUGGAAGCAAUGGAUACUUCGUCGUAAAAUGCUUUUAAUUGGAUUUUGGAUAUAUACAUGUGAGUUCGUAUUAAGUAUAGAACCUUAUCCGUAAUAAUAAUUUGAUUUACAAAGUU